AUUACUAGGCAUUUCAUCCUGCGGGUCUGCAGUCUGUGCUAUUUAGACUAUUGCUCGGUUGGAAUACUGCUGCGGGUGUGAUUUUGUGUCCUGUUAAUGCGCUCUGUAAUGACCUUUUUAAGGCACUAGGUUUUUGUACCGUUUGCAGUACAUCUACUGCAGCAAAAAUCGUAAGUUAAUGACAAGAUUGGAUAAACAGAGCAUAACCUGAAGAACUACCAGACUGGCAGAGAUACAAAUCUUCGAAUAAAGAAGUUGGCUGAAAGAUAAUCCUUGGAACCUGAUUUUCUCUCCUUCGCCCCCCCCUUUUUUUUUACAUCGGUCUGAAUGACAGUUAUAAUGGGAGCUCUAUUCACACAGUGAUCAAAAGAAGCACUCGAGUGAUGAACUACUUCUGCAAGAAAAGUCCAAAGCAGUAAUUCAAGUGCUUGUGCUUUGGUGUUUUGCUAAAGCAUUUGUCGGUACUAGCGUUUAUGUCGUCUGUGUUCCCUGUUGGAGCAACUAGAGCAACGGCCUGAUGGUGGAAAACAAAUGUUCUGCAUUGCUUUUCUGACUGAUGGAGUAAAGCACUCUUUGUUACUGUCUGUUGGAGAAUCUGGAUCGAACAAGCAAUAUUAUUAUUUGAGUCUCAUUGUCCUUUGUUGUCUGACUCAUCACAUGUAAAUGUACUGCAGCUUAGCUGUACAUUGCAGGGAUUUUUACAUGGAGAAGAAAUGUCAACCCUUGGAGCUCUAGUUCUGAACAGCAGCUGAGAAUAGAUUGCUUUUUCUGUGGUGGAUUUCUGACAUUGAGGCAAAUAAAAUUGUUAGUUGCAAAAUUAUUAUGACCUGGAAUGCUUGGGGACAGCCAUGUAUGCCUUUUUCGGAAGAAUUUUUGCUACUGCUAACUGGAAACUGACCUUGCUGAAGUGGAGAGAGCUGUGAUCAUCUCUGCCAGAGCAAUUGUCUCUUGUUUCAUUCUGUACAGAAUGGUGUUAUGUUGUCUAUAACAAUGAUUUUGCUGUUAAGUUAAUUCUACUUUGUAGAAAUUUAACAAAAGCAACUUGGUUGGGACAUGCAAUAUCUAUACAUGCGAUGUAAUUUCUACUUUAGUAUUGAUUGAACAAAGCAUAGUUUAGUGAGUGAGUGCUAUAAAGUAAAUACCAUAAGUAUUUUAUGGAAUAUUUUUGGAAAACGUCAUUAGCUGAAUACCUCAGGUUACUUAAUUUGGUAAAUAAAAUAUAGUUAUGUCAAUUAAAGAUUUCAGAAAACAGCAGUAGUAUUUGCAAAUUAUGUUUAGGAGGAAAAGAACUUUCUGUGCUGUCUUGGCUAUAACUGGAGCAAAGCUGUUCCAAAUCUAGUUUUUCUUCUUCAAACUGAUCGAAUGAGUCGAGUGUGUAUUGUUGUUUUGGAGGAGGUGGAAGAUGAUUCUCCCACAUUUUUCCCCAAACUGCCUCAGGAAAGCAUAUCUCUACAUCCUUCACCUUCAGCACAUGGUUUGCCACCACUCGUUCAAGCUAUAUUUAAUGGGGACCCUGAUGAAGUUCGAGCACUAAUUUUUAAGAAAGAAGAUGUCAACUUUCAGGAUAAUGAAAAGCGGACUCCUUUACAUGCUGCUGCGUAUCUGGGAGAUGCAGAAAUUAUUGAGCUGCUUAUUUUAUCUGGAGCUAGAGUUAAUGCCAAAGACAGCAAAUGGUUGACUCCGUUACACCGAGCUGUUGCAUCAUGUAGUGAGGAUGCUGUGCAGGUGCUGUUGAAGCAUUCAGCAGAUGUCAACGCCCGUGACAAAAAUUGGCAAACACCCCUACACAUAGCAGCUGCAAAUAAAGCUGUCAAAUGUGCAGAAGCCUUGGUGCCACUUCUCAGUAAUGUAAAUGUGUCGGACCGUGCUGGUAGAACAGCAUUACAUCAUGCAGCCUUCAGUGGACAUGUUGAGAUGGUCAGUUUAUUAUUGUCUAGAGGUGCCAAUAUUAAUGCCUUUGACAAGAAAGACAGACGAGCUAUCCACUGGGCAUCCUACAUGGGUCAUAUUGAUGUAGUAAAGCUACUUGUAGCCCAUGGAGCUGAAGUGAUCUGUAAAGACAAGAAAUCAUAUACACCGCUACAUGCUGCAGCUUCUAGUGGAAUGAUUAGUGUAGUCAAGUAUCUUUUGGAUCUUGGAGUUGAUAUGAAUGAACCAAAUGCAUACGGGAAUACGCCUCUUCAUGUUGCUUGUUUCAAUGGACAAGAUGUUGUAGUAAAUGAACUAAUAGACUGUGGUGCUAAUGUAAAUCAAAUGAAUGAGAAGGGAUUUACACCUUUACACUUUGCUGCUGCAUCUACCCAUGGAGCAUUGUGUUUAGAACUCCUGGUUUGUAAUGGCGCAGAUGUAAAUAUGAAGAGUAAAGAUGGGAAAACACCAUUGCAUAUGACAGCAAUUCAUGGAAGAUUUUCAAGAUCGCAAACCAUCAUCCAGAAUGGAGCUGAGAUAGACUGUGAAGAUAAAAAUGGAAAUACACCUUUGCACAUAGCAGCCAGAUAUGGCCAUGAGCUGCUCAUCAACACAUUAAUUACAAGUGGUGCUGACACUGCAAAGCGGGGUAUACAUGGAAUGUUUCCUCUCCAUUUGGCAGCAUUAAGUGGAUUUUCAGACUGUUGCAGAAAGCUGCUUUCAUCAGGCUUCGACAUAGAUACUCCAGAUGAUUUUGGCAGGACCUGUCUUCAUGCAGCUGCAGCUGGAGGGAAUUUGGAGUGCCUAAAUCUGCUGCUCAACACAGGUGCAGACUUCAAUAAGAAAGACAAAUUUGGAAGAACUCCCCUCCAUUAUGCUGCAGCGAAUUGCAAUUACCAGUGCCUGUUUGCCCUUGUGGGUUCUGGAGCUAGUGUAAAUGACCUUGAUGAACGGGGUUGUACGCCACUGCACUACGCAGCUGCAUCAGACACUGAUGGAAAGUGCCUGGAAUAUUUAUUACGAAAUGAUGCAAAUCCAGGGAUUCGAGACAAACAAGGAUACAAUGCGGUUCAUUAUUCUGCUGCUUAUGGUCAUCGCUUAUGCCUUGAAUUGAUUGCCAGUGAAACACCUCUAGAUGUUCUAAUGGAAACAUCAGGAACUGACAUGCUGAAUGAUUCAGAAAACAGAGCACCAAUUAGUCCAUUGCACUUAGCUGCCUACCAUGGACACCAUCAAGCUCUGGAAGUGUUAGUGCAGUCUUUGUUGGAUCUUGAUGUCCGGAAUAAUAAUGGAAGAACACCUUUGGAUCUUGCAGCUUUUAAGGGACAUGUUGAAUGUGUGGAUGUACUUAUUAAUCAGGGAGCAUCUAUUUUGGUGAAAGACUAUGUUGUAAAGAGAACACCAAUACAUGCUGCAGCUACAAACGGUCAUUCAGAAUGCUUGCGGUUGUUGAUAGGAAACGCAGAACCACAGAAUGCUGUAGAUAUUCAAGAUGGAAAUGGACAGACUCCUCUGAUGUUGUCUGUUCUCAACGGGCACACAGAUUGUGUCUAUUCACUGCUUAACAAAGGAGCAAAUGUAGAUGCCAAAGAUAAAUGGGGAAGAACAGCAUUGCAUAGAGGGGCAGUUACUGGACAUGAGGAGUGUGUAGAAGCACUGCUUCAGCAUGGUGCAAAAUCCACACUACGAGAUUGCAGAGGACGAACACCUAUACAUUUGUCAGCUGCAUGUGGACAUAUUGGGGUAUUAGGAGCACUCUUACAGUCAGUGGCAUCUGGGGAUGCAGUGCCUGCCUUAGCAGACAAUCAUGGUUACACAUCAUUGCACUGGGCAUGUUACAAUGGUCAUGACAGUUGUGUGGAACUGCUUUUGGAGCAGGAAGUUUUCCAGAAAAUGGAAGGAAAUUCUUUCAGUCCGUUGCAUUGUGCUGUGAUAAAUGAUAACGAAGGUGCUGCUGAAAUGCUAAUUGAUACACUGGGUUCUAGUAUUGUAAAUUCCACAGAUGCAAAAGCAAGAACUCCUCUUCAUGCAGCUGCCUUUACAGAUCAUGUAGAGUGCUUACAGCUUUUGCUCAGCCAUAAUGCACAAGUCAACUCAGUAGAUUCUUCUGGGAAAACCCCUCUAAUGAUGGCUGCAGAAAAUGGACAAACAAAUACAGUUGAGGUGUUGGUUAGCAGUGCUAAAGCUGAUCUGACCUUGCAAGAUAAGUGUAAAAACACAGCACUGCAUUUGGCUUGCAGCAAGGGUCAUGAAACUAGUGCCUUGUUAAUACUGGAGAAGAUUACAGAUAGAAAUCUCAUCAAUGCCACCAAUGCAGCAUUGCAGACGCCUUUGCACGUUGCUGCUCGAAAUGGAUUAACAGUUGUAGUUCAAGAACUUCUAGGGAAAGGAGCAAGUGUACUUGCAGUAGAUGAAAAUGGUUAUACACCAGCCCUGGCCUGUGCUCCCAAUAAGGAUGUGGCUGAUUGCCUAGCUCUCAUUCUGGCCACAAUGAUGCCUGUUUCGUCGAGCAGUACGUUACCUUCCCUUACAUUCAAUGCCAUUAAUCAUUACACCAACACCUCAAAAACUGUCACCUUUGACUCCUUGCCAAUUAUCAGAAGUGAACAUAGCUCUUACUGUAGUUUCAACAACAUCGGGAGGGAAGAUGGCUACCCAUAUACGGAAGAAGAUGAACUUAAUGACUCAGAUUCUGAAACCUAUUAAGGAACUCCAUUAGAGGUCUGAAGAGUGAACUCGCUUGAUGAAUUUCAAGGUUGUGUUGUCGGAGAAAGCAGUCCCAUUGAAUAUUAAAAAGGGCAGCCUGAAGAGAUGACUUUUUUUAAUAAAAAAAGUGGGAGCACAUGCAAAAAAAUUGUGCAACACCCAAAAGACUUUUAAAAAGCAGAUUAUGCAAAGGAAAUGCUUUGGAAUCCAUGGUGCAAAAAAUUACAUAGAAUGUAAUUUAAUUGCAGUGUACUGGGUUGUCCAUGGUGCCAUGAAUAAUCCCAACAAAACCAUGCACCAUUGUCCAUACAAAUGAAUACACAGUUAUACAACAAAGAGGACAAUAGGUUUUAAUCUUACCGAUAAAACUAAGACCAUUUUGAAGGCAAUAAUUGAGUUUGGUACAGAAGGCAUAGUUUGUGCAGCAAAUUGCCAAAGGACCAAAUAUCUUAGACUUUUUUAAUUAAAGGAAACUUUUUUGAGAAAACUUGAAUAGGUUAAAUAAGUAAUAGUCUUAACCAACCCUUAAAUUACUUCUGGCAAUUAAUCUUAGAUUUGGUUUUAAAUGUUGAUUUGUUUUUAAUCAUUAACUGCCUUCCGACACUAUUAAAAUGUACCAUGAAAAAAAUUAAAUUUUGUUCUGUUUUUCUCUUAAAUGAAAUGAAAAAGAACUUGUCACCACAAUCUUAUAGUACUAAAGCUGUAACUAGUUUAACCAGGAAUAAUCAGGGUGAAAUGUGUACAGUAUAAUAAAGGAAGGGGAGACAGCAAUGCAGUAAUUUAUUGCACAGUUGUCUUUCAUUUACAAAGAAAAUCCUGCUGUUUUAAAAAUAUAUUUUUAUUCAAGAUGCAGGAAAGGUAAUUAUCUGGGCAAGUGAAACUGCAUCAAAACCAGAAUUGCAAUAUCCUGAUGCCCUCCUAGGCUGCCUUAGGAAAAUGGAAUUUUCUACAACUCACCCAAUCUUCUACAGCAUAUGGUAAAAUGAGAUUUGUGCCUCUAUGGUGUACAUAUUUUUUUUAAAAAACUCCUAGGCUUUUAAGGCACAGGUUGUGUCUAGCAUUGAUUUAAAAUGUUUUCCCUCUUAUCAAAAAGGUACAGUGUCGGAUCUUUGGGAACAUAUACAAAGUUGUUCACUUUGCAGUUUAGCGAAAGAUACAGGUCCUUCUGCUAUAGUUAAAACUUGCCCUGAGUUUGUCUAAUUUAUAAUAGAAUACUGUAAAAAAAAAUUGAAGAAUGGAAAACGUUUUCUCAAACUUCAGCUCAAGUUCAUUAAAAUCGAGGCAUUUUACUUUAUUUGGUUCUGCUUUAAUUAAAAAGUAACAGUUUAAUUAUAACUUGCUAAUGUACAUGCAAGGACAUCAUCUUGCAUGUUGAGGUAAAACAAAUGAAUUGCUAUAAACUGACCCAAACCUUCUUUUAUCCUUUUUGUAUUGUGAAACUGGAAACCUUAAUGCCAUUGUAAAUUAUCAGCUUGUUUUCUGAACAUAGUGUGGAAACACAGGACAGUAUUUUGAUCUAUUUGAUAAUUUUGUGGGUUUUUGAAGAAUUAAUGAGCAUGUACAUAGAAAUAGCGACUGCUUGAAUACUGUAUUUACCUGCACUCUUUCAGUACAUCAAGAUUCCUGUGUAUAUUUUACAGAGUAUAAUAAAACCCAGAUGUGAGUUGUA